CGGCCCGAGUGGCGGCGGCGGCUGCGGCGGCGGCAGCGUCCGAGUGGCGGGAUGGCGGGCGCCGUGAGCGAGGCGCGCUUCGCGGGGCUGUCGCUGAUGCAGCUGCACGAGCUGCUGGAGGACGAUGCGCAGCUCGGUGACAUGGUGCGGGGGAUGGAAGAGACGCAGACUGUUCAGCUUAACAAAGAGAUGACCCUGGCUAGCAACCGGAGCCUGGCAGAGGGAAACCUUUUGUACCAGCCCCAACUGGAUGCUCAGAAAGCUCGCCUGACCCAAAAAUACCAGGAACUCCAGGUUCUCUUUGAGGCUUAUCAGAUAAAGAAGACCAAACUAGAUAAACAGUCUAACAACGCUUCCUUGGAGACUCUGUUAGCGCUUCUUCAAGCAGAAGGGGCCAAGAUUGAGGAGGACACUGAGAACAUGGCAGAGAAGUUUCUGGAUGGAGAGCUUCCUCUAGAUUCCUUUAUUGAUGUCUACCAGAGCAAGCGGAAGCUGGCGCACAUGCGCCGUGUGAAAGUGGAGAAGCUCCAGGAGCUGGUGCUUAAGGGACAGAGACUCCCGCAGGCCGGGGCCCCGCCACCACCCAGGGUGCCCGAGCCAUCAACUGCCACCGCCCUUCCCUACCCCUCUCUGGAGGCCACUGGGCUCCCUUCUGUCGUGCCUCGGCGUAUCCCCCCCCCUCCACCCCCGGUGCCUGCAGGACACAUAGCCACCCCCUUCGCUGCUGCCAUGGGCUCGGGACAGGUUUCUGCAUACCCAGGAUUACAGUGCCCACCCCUGCCUCCCAGAGUGGGCCUCCCCUCUCAGCAAGGAUUCUCCACACAGUUGGUGUCACCGUACCCACCAGCCCUGCCCCAGAGACCCCCUCCACGGAUGGCUCCACACCAGCCAGGCUUCAUCCUGCAGUGAGCUCGGGUGCCUGCUCUUCCUGCAAGACAUCCUCUGCCUGCCGUGCCGAGCUCUGCAAACAGAGGCUGUACGGAUCAGCAUCUGGGCCAAGGGCUUGGGUGCCCUGGGUCAGUGCGCCCACCUGAUUUUAGAACUGUAGGUCCGUGGUAAGUAUGAGAGAGCAGGCUUUGUGCACCAAGGGAGCUCUGUUUGUGCCAGGCCAGUCUGCAUCACCUUGGUCUGUGCUGGGUGUGAUUUCCGAGUGUCUCGUGCUGAUGGACUUGUGCGUUUGGAAAGAUUACCCCCCCUCCAGGUUAGAAUCCUGGCCCUCCUGUUGCAGCUUUAUUUAAUAAGCAUGAUUAAUUAUGUUUUAUUUUCGAGUCUUGGCCCACCAGCUGCCAUGGCGCUAGUAAAGACUGGUCUCGGCUGGCCAGCCUGGAAUGUGUGCCCACAGCCAGGCCCUGCUGGGCAGCUGUGCUGUUCACCGAGUCUGUGCAAGGCAGGCCAGCCCAGUAACCGCCCGCUCCUGCCAUGCUGGGUGCUCUCAUGGUUCAAAGCCACACAGAGUUUGCACUUGGCUGCUGUGAGGUGUGCAGAGGCCAGGCGAACUGCGGCCCAGGGUGCGAGGCCAGUGUGAGCCCGACUCUGCACAGUCCAGCCCUCAGCCCUCCCCACACACCUCAAGCCGCGUCACGGUUUCUGUGAAGAAAAAAAAAAAGAUACUCAAUGUUUUUGCUACACUUGUAAUUUUCCUGUUUUAUAUUUCGAAAGAAAACUUUUUUGACACUCUCAAGACCAUUCAGGGAAACUUUUUUUAAAAUGCAGAUACUGUUUUGAGCUGGUUAAAAAUGCAGAUUUAUUGAGUGCCGCUUCCUGUCGGGCAAGCAGUGCACGGUCACAUCUGCCAGUGCCCGUGCUGUGCCUUAGCUUCACUGGUGCCAGGACUCGGAGCCCGAGGCAUGCCAGCCGCAGCUGCCCUAUGGAGCCGAAGACCAGCUAGGUAGGGCCUGGCGGGCCUCGUCACUUUGUGAUGGGUCAGGAGUGAUCCAUCUUCCUCCACCCGGGAUAAUCUCAGGAGCUGCUGCGCUGCAGGUGCUGGCGGAGGCAUGGGAGGGGUUUGGGGAAAGCCCGCCCCACAGGGUUGGCGGUGGCAGCUCCCUCCUCUCUGGGAUGUCAUCUGCAGGUGCCACAUGUGCAGAGUUCCCAGGGCCCGGCUGGGGAGGGGCAGCCCCACACUGUUCCCAGAAGAGGGCUGUGUGCCUGUUGGUAGAACCCAGAACUCCACCUUCACCCUGCCAGCUGGCUACAGCCCAAGGUAACACAGUCAAGGCAGUGCCAAUUAGUGAGCCUGCCCAGCUGGGCCACUGGCAGGGCCAUCAGCCUUUGUCCCCAAGUUGGACUAUUUUCCUCUCCAUGGAUUUGGACUCUGUACCUUACUGGAACCACUCUGUAAAGAGACAAAGCUGUAUAUGCCACUUCAGUACCUCUGCCACCAGCUGGCACCAGGAACGCCCACUGCCCAGUCUCGGGCUGCAGCCACAUGGGAGCUCCGGGUGGAUGUAGUAAAGGGGCCGCCAGGCUGACCUUGCCAGGCCAUAGCUGGCACUGGGGCUGUAAAGCUGUAGAACUCUUAAUAAAUUGAGAAUUAUUAAUUUCA